AUGGGUGUUACCAAGACUCUUAUCAAGGAGGGCUCCGGUGUUCAGCCCAAGCAGGGCCAGACCGUCGUCAUCGAGUACACUGGCUGGUUGAAGGACACCAGCAAGCCCGACAACAAGGGCAACAAGUUCGACUCCUCUGUCGGUCGCGGCGACUUUGAGGUCAAGAUUGGUGUUGGCCAGGUUAUCCGAGGCUGGGACGAGGGUGUUACCCAGAUGAAGGUCGGCGAGAAGUCGACCCUUGACAUCAGCAGCGAAUUUGGAUACGGUGCUCGAGGCUUCCCCGGUCACAUCCCCGCCGGCGCCGACCUGAUCUUCGACGUUGAGCUCAAGAACGUCCGAUAG